AUGAGUUCGCUUUUACAAAAAUAUAGUAAUGUGUUUUAUGUCAACGACAACGUGAACUGUGUUCAAAAAUGGACCUUUAAUUACGCAUUCUUAACUCACCUACGCCUCACUGAAUAACAGGUGCCUGCUAUCUGUCAAAGCAGGAUCAACCAACCUGUGCGCCCUUUGCUACAACUUGUUACUUUCCAUUAGCCUACACGAGUCGCUAAAGGGAUCACAUCAUUCACUGGGAACUGAAUUUACACCCUCCUCAAAAUGGAGUUUGCCAUGAUAGGUUCAGAUAAUGGAUGCAAAACUCGACUGCCUUACGGGUAUGCUCGCGCACGGGAAAGGGAGCACGAAAGGGAGAGACAGGUACAACAGGCAACAGCCGCUGCUGAGGGUGCAGCAAUUGGAGAAGGAGGGGAGUCCUCUGGCCAUCUCCUUAACAACCACCAGCAGCAUCAGUCUCGCACCGCCUCCUCAUCAAAUGCCAACAACAGUAGCGGCAGUACCGUCUCGCGCCCCUCCUCCUCGCAACAGCCACAGCAGCACCACCAUGAGUCUGAGCAGCAGGUUCUCAGAGAAAGGAAAAAGCAACGCGGCGUAGGACGUUGGAGAAGGAGUCGCCAGACUCUCGGUGGGGACUUGCGCCACUCGGAGUUGGCGCUACUUGGAUCCGAGGAGGAUAUGAUAGAGGAGGACGAGGCGGAAGGCGGAGAAGAGGAGGACGGGGGAAGCAAGAGUUCCAGUUUUCUCUGUAAUAUGGAUGAUGAAGAGACUGUCUCACUCACAGAUAGACGUCCCCAAUCAGGAUACGAACAUGUUUACAGUGAGUAUGGGUGCUGUGAAAGAGUUGUUAUUAAUGUGUCCGGACUAAAGUUUGAAACUCAACUUAAGACUCUCACACAGUUUCCUGACACUCUUUUGGGAGACCCGGACAAACGAAUCAGGUACUUCGACCCUCUAAGGAACGAAUAUUUUUUUGACAGGAACCGACCAAGCUUCGAUGCCAUUCUUUAUUAUUACCAGUCGGGGGGGCGAUUGAAGAGACCGCAAAAUGUACCUUUUGACAUCUUCUCUGAGGAGGUGAAAUUCUAUGAACUUGGGGAGGAGGCAAUGCUGAAGUUUCGGGAGGAUGAGGGUUUUGUCAAAGAGGAAGAGAAACCCUUACCAGAGGACGAGUUCAAACGCCAAGUUUGGCUUCUUUUUGAAUACCCAGAGAGCUCACAGCCUGCGAGAGGGAUUGCAGUCGUGUCCGUUUUAGUCAUUGUUAUAUCAAUAGUCAUUUUCUGUAUGGAAACGUUGCCAGAGUUCAGGGACGAAAAAGAAUACCUUAAACCACGAGAUAAUUCGACAGAACCCCAUGGACAGACCCCUUUUAACGACCCAUUUUUCAUUGUGGAGACGGUAUGCAUUAUUUGGUUUUCAUUUGAGAUUAUUGUGCGCUUCUUUGCAAGUCCAAGUAAAACGGAUUUCUUUAAAAACAUUAUGAAUACUAUAGACAUUGUAUCCAUUUUGCCUUAUUUCAUCACGCUCGGCACAGAUCUUGCUCAACAGCAAGGCAAAGGGGACCAGGCAAUGAGUUUUGCAAUCUUGAGAAUAAUCCGCCUUGUCAGAGUCUUUCGCAUAUUUAAACUCUCCAGGCACUCCAAAGGACUGCAGAUCCUCGGACAUACCCUCCGCGCCAGUAUGAGGGAACUAGCGCUUCUGAUUUUCUUCCUCGUUAUUGGUGUCAUUUUGUUCUCAAGUGCAGUGUACUUCGCCGAGGCAGACGAACCCGCGUCUCAAUUCACAAGUAUUCCCGACGCUUUUUGGUGGGCUGUCGUCACUAUGACCACGGUCGGAUAUGGAGACAUGAAACCAAUAACUGUCGGUGGGAAGAUAGUUGGCUCGCUCUGUGCCAUAGCGGGUGUGUUAACCAUAGCUCUUCCAGUGCCCGUCAUUGUAUCCAACUUCAAUUACUUCUACCACAGGGAGACUGAUAAUGAAGCAGACUCGCCACCGGUUGUUGAAACCCCACCACCUGCCUGCCCCUAUUUCCCCAACUUUCUAAAAAAAUGUAAAGGUUCCCCCUCAGGCUCUUCGCUGGGUGAUAAAGCGGAGUACAUGGAGAUGGAAGAGGGGGUAACGGAGUCGCUGUGUGGGGUGGACAAAAGCCCGAGUAAAGGAAAUGGGACAGACAUUGGCAGGAAAAACAGUACAUGUUCAAAGUCACAACAGACUGAUGUGUGAUGACAAAAACAAAUAUUAUUCCCGUGAAGAAAGAUAUGCUGUCAAAUCACACACACAUAGGUGGUCAGACUCACACAAGUGCGCACUUGCGCGCAUACAGGAACGCACACACACGCACACAGACAGACAGACGCACACAGACAGACGCACACAUACUUUAUAUUUAGCUAGAUUUUGGGAAGUUCAAAUAUGGGGUUUUAUUUUGCCAUGUGGCUGAUUAGAGGAAUAUAGGCCUACGGGAAAAUAUACGUCCAAAUCAAAAGCUUUAUAACUAUUAUCACCAAUGUAAUCAGAUAUAUAUGAUAUCAGAUAUAGGCUACCUAUCUGGGCCUCGUAAACCUACAAAUGAAAUCGAAAAUAUUGAAUAGACAGGCUAUGCAUACGCACUUUAUGAGUUUCAUUUGUCAAUAAUGGAAGGGGAGAUAUAGAUGUCGUUUUGCUGUUAUGCGAUAAAGGCAACGUUCAUAGUAGGCCUUGUUUGCACUUUUGUAAAAGCUUGUUUGAGUCGCUGACUUUCAAGAGAGAUAGACUUUGAAGUUAUGUUGAGAGACAGAAACUGUAGGCCAUAGGGCACCCUAUACACCCUUCGUUUGACUAAAGAGUAUUGAGAUUUUUUUUUUAUUGUGAACAAUAAUCCAUUCUCAUUGCGUUUCAGUGUAGGUCUAACCUAUCUGUGUACACACAAAAAAAAUAAACAUUCAAUAUCGAUCGGAAACAUUGAAAUAGCUAAAUCAUGUGUGAGAUUCUUGAGUAAAUGAGCAUGAUAUCUAUUUCGGCAGCACACUGCGGUCAACAAGUGAACCGCUUGGCAAACAACAUUCUCUGCAACGCUUAGGCCUAAAUAAAGCCUUUUAUUGACCAACCACGGAGGUGAAGCACAAGAAUUACAAUAGAUACUCUGCAGAUUGACAUGAGAAAUUGCUCCACACGGGCUGUCACGGGAGGUCCUGCACGGAUAUCUUGCGCGACUACAACCCCGUCCCUUUAAAACCACCUCAAACUAACUGACAAUAUCCCUUUACACGGACGUUGACUGAAACCAACAUGGGAAAAAACGACUGUCAUCAUGGAAACUUUGGGUUUGUGAACUUUAUCUCUUGUUCGCUGGACCUAGUGCACAGUUCUCUAAUAUAAGAAAGAAAGGAAGGUCUGUUGGUCAUCCCAGAAAGCACCAAGAUCUCCAGCAGGCGAUUGUUUUCAAGUGCUAUCAGUUGAUGGCUUAGGAGAGGAUGUGCUGGCUGGUAUUCUUGGAAUUGGCAGAGAAAGAGCAAAUAUUAUGACUGGUCAUCUGGGGUGAGACAACGGACAUCGAUAACCAACAGGUCUACUGCAAGAGUGAACCCAGCGAUCGGACAUCAGAAGUUUGAAUGGACAAAUUAGACAUUGGGACAUUAUACGGAGCGCACAAGGAACAAAGAUAUUUCCUAGAAAGCCUGGAGGCAUGGAAAUGAGUAAGUCAUGGCCCAAAUGAUUGCCUUAAUUAUUACAUAUAUACCUAUAUAUGAAGUGAUGAAACUAGAGACUUAUCCGAGUUCAAAUAUGUUUUUCUUUAUGUGUGAAACAGUGUCUUGUAAAGAACAGAUGUGAAUAUUUUAUUAAGAUAGAGAAAAAUUGUUUGGUUGUAAUGUUGACAAUGUUUUAGUUGGGUCUGCUUUGUAGUUGUCAUUGAUAACCAAAUGGUGGAGUUUCUCUCUGCUUAUGUGCAGCAAGCAGAAUGAGUUGAUCUAUUUUUAUCUUGUUUCGUAUUGUCAACCAAAAUAAGGCUGGCUUGAGGCGGAGCUGCUCGCUCAGCUACCAGCUACAAUGUCUUUCAAUUCACAACAUCAUGUUAUGACAACUAUAUUACAAUUCAGAAAGGAGUAGGGAGUCAAAAACGAGACAAAAUGACUCUACAAUAUACAUGAAACAUAUCUGAUUAUUUUUGUCCUCCUUUUUUUUCACAUACUGUAAGCAUCUGUUCACACACUCUCAAACACAAAAGAUGUCAGGUGCGCAUACACACACACAAACACACAGAAUGAUCUACCGAAGGGACACAAAAGGGUUUUCCCUAAGAUGCAAAUUUUAUUAUGUUAGUGAUAUAAUUGACCAGCUGCUUUGUUGACACAAACCUCGAUCCAUUUAAAGUUAACUGUAUGCAAAGUAACAUGGAUGUGUGUUAUAUAUUUUUUUAAACCGAGCCUUGACUAUUACUUAACCAAAGUUUAAACCCUGAUUUUAUUGUACGUGGUGUACACUUCCUCUGGAGAUGUUGUGAAAAUAGAUACACAUUGAAUAGAACAUAUGCCGAUGUUUAUAUUUCUGUGUCCAACAAUGUGUCGCAAAUCAUGACAUUUGAGACAAUUCUACUUAGUUUGACUGUUAACAAUGUUCAUAUCUUCAGAAGACAUGUUCCAUAUUUAUUUACAUGAACAUUGAACAUGUUGUGGAUGCUGCUCCAACAAGAUCUGUGAUUUUGCCCUUCAAUUUAGAUUUGAGAUUUUUCAAUUGAGUUUCUUAUUGUGCUGUUCUCAUAUAACUGCUCGUAGAAAAUCCGCCCGCUCUCUUUUGGUCUGCUUUCAAAGACACAUAGUUGUAUGCACUGCUUGCUUGUUGCAGCUUUGUCAGACAAAUCAAGUGUUUGCUUUUUUAAAACAUAAAUGCCAGCUUAUGUUUAAGCCCAUCCUUCUUAUGUUCAGUCAACAGCCAAGAUCUUAGUAAUUCUCGCUCCUGGGCGUGCUGUCUAUUAUUGUGAUGUCGGCCCAAGAUGACCGUGCUUCAGGGCACCAACAACACCAGAGUUCUUUAUUCUUUUUAUGUUAUUGAAAGGGGUGGAACCUAAUAUUAUGUACAGUAUUUUUGACAUAGACAAUGGACUGCAUUUCUAUUCUCUUCCAUAAAAAGAAAACAUACAUAUUUCAUUGUACUGUCUGAAAAGACAUAGAACACUUGAAUCUGGAGAUGAAAAGUGCUCUCAUAUCAGUGUCUGUUCUUCAUCUGCUUACAUAGAAAAUCCUAAUUAUACCCCCAACCACCCCUACUCCAUAUACAUGUCUAUUGUUAUUGGAGACCCUAUAUUCCUCUAUUACAAAAUAGGUGAAGGUCUGUGGUCAAGAUUUUCCUCAAUGUUCAGAAAACCCUAUCAAAUAUGCCAUGCUAGCCUCUGCUAAAAUGUACUUUGUUAUCAAAUUCUUUAAGCAUAACUGGUUAUUUACCAAUGAUUGCAGAAAAAGUAAGUGCUGUUUAUUCCCUGAUCCCAUAGUCCCAUUGUUUUACAUUUUGAAGCAAACACAAAGCCCAUGCACAUUCUGAUAAUUGAUGUCUGUCGAAGUGUAAUAGUUUAAGGCUAAAUCCCUCAGCAGUUAAUGGUAUCAUUUAGGUGUGCCUAGCAAGAAGUUGUUGUGUCUUGCCAUAGUUACGCUAAAAUACUCUGGAUUCCCAAAUUGUAGUUGAAUAAGCAGUGACUUAAGGGAAGAGAAAGAGGUAUCUUUCAACAUCAAGUUUUUCUAGGAUAUUACAAUGUUUCUAUACUGUUAGAUACUGUAUACUGUUAGCAAAGCUGACCUUCUCCCUAGUUAUCUGCCCAAUCCGUAGUAUAACUCCGAAGGGAUGGCUUCUUUUGGCAAUAUCAAUCAGUGUUAUGUCCCGGCCUAAAGCACUACGCAUAAUGAUGAGACUGUAAAAAAAAAAAAAAUACAAAAAGCCAUUCUAAGUCAUCCGUAUAGCCUGUGUAGCCUCAAGACCACAACAAUGAUAUUUGACUACAUUAUGGUAAUGGAUGAACUGUGAUUGGACCGAACUGAAAAGACAAAGUCAAUGAAAAGGCUUUUCACAAUGCCCUAAUAUCAAAGAUGGGGCUUAGCCCUGCCUGCAGUAUCUACACGCAUCUUUAGUAUAGAUAUGAGGCCUGCUUCAAGGUGUGCAUAGUUACAGUGAAAAGGUCCAGAAAAUUGACAACUAUAGCUGGUCUGUCUUUGAACACUAACCUGUUGUUCAUGCAAAGUGUCUCAAGAGUGCUGAUCUAGGAUCAGUUCCCCUGUCCAGUUUAUCUUAUUCAUUGUUGAUCUAAAAGGCCAAACCGAUCCUUUAUCGGCACUCUGACAUGCUUGAUACAUAACGGCCCCAAAUAUAACAAACAUAUACAAAUCAAAUCAAGUUCACAACUUGAAAAUCAUUAUAAUGACAUGUUUAACUAUUGUGUACAUUUUAAAGUUGUGCCUUCUUGGGUAUAGAUCGGGUAGCUACUAAGGGUCCAUUGUAUAUAUGAAUAUAACAAACAUAAACAAAUCAAAUCAAGUUUUAUUUGUCACACGCUUCGUAGACAACAGGUGUUGACGAACAGUGAAAUGCUUACCUACGCGUUCAUUUCCAACAAUGCGGUUAAAGAUUUUAAAAAAUGUAAUACAACAUUUAAAUAGUGACACAAGGAAUAAAUACACAGUGAAUAACAAAUAAAAACAACAUGGCUAUAUACAGGGAGUACCUGUACCGAGUCAAUGGGCAGGGGUACAAGGUAAUUGAGGUAGGUAUGUGCUGUACAUAUAGGUAGGGGUAAAGUGAUUAGGCAACAGGAUAUAUAAUACACAGUAGCAGCAGCGUGCGUGUGUGUGUGUGUGAGUUGCGUCAAUAUAAAUGUGCGUGCAUGUUAUGUGUUUGUGGGCGUACGUAGGGAGUGUGUGUGUAUGUUUUGGUUACAGUAAUAUGUUUCAGCCAUGGAAUCAUUGUACCAUCACGAAGUACGUUUGCCAUGAACAUCCACAUGGAAAUGACAUGGGUUAUUUUUCUGUUAAAAUGUAACUAAAUGUUAAUGCUGUCCCAGUAUGUGUGUGUGUAUUUGAACCAUUCAUUUUCAUGAACACUGGAGGGUCAUUUAAGGGAGCGAAAUCAAAAUAAAACUGUCUCUUAAAGUUGAUAUUAAAACAACUCCGUAGAAGUGUAUUUCAAGAUGUUAUAAUAUUCCUACAGUCCAAAUGUGAUAAAAUACCGAUGUUUUGGUCAGCCUUGCUUUUUUUCUGCAUGUUUCUUUGUUUUUGAAAAGUGCAUCCUAAAUGGAGAUGUUUGUAUUAUUUUCUUGCAGUUACUUCUUCUCUCUGUACUAUCUUUGGAGCUCGUUCAUUUCCUACCCUUAUUUUUAUUUUAUUUUUUAUUUUUUUUAUUUAGGUAAAUCUUCAGACUUUUGGAUUUUCUACAUCAAUAUCAUUUUUGUAGGCAGCAAUAUGAGAUGUCAUCGAACGGAGUAUGUGCAAUGUUGAAUAAAGAAAAAAUAUAAUAUAUGAAAUAAAAACAACUUGCGAGAGUGACUUGUAGGGGAUUG